CUGCCCAACAAAUAUAUGACCCAAUUUUAACGUAGGAAAAGUCGCGUUCCCUGCCCGUUAUUUCACACUCCAAUCACCCACUUCAACUGCAGUUCAUAUACUUCCUUUCCACCCCGUGCGAAAAUGCCGUGUUGCCAAGUUUCUACAAACAUUAACGUUUCCGAUGAUGACGCGAAGAAGGCGCUCACGCAGAUAGAGAAUGCCAUAUCCCAAGUGAUGAACAAGCCCAUGGGGUAUAUUAUGAGCAACCUGGACUACCAGAAGCACAUGCGUUUUGGCGGCAGCCACGACGGCUUCUGCUUCGUAAGGGUCACCAGCAUAAGUGGAAUAAGCAAGUCGAACAACACUGCCCUGGCAGAUAAAAUUACCAAGAUUCUGGCUAGCACCAUAAAAGUGAAGUCGGAACGCGUCUUCAUUGAAUUUAAGGAUUGCGCCGCGCAAAACUUUGCCUUCAACGGGUCGCUCUUCGGCUGACCGGUUGGCGGGGCAGCCUUGUCAUCGCGCU